AUGGUGAAGAGCACUUUAUUGUAUGGGUCCGAGACAUGGAGAAUCACAGAAAAAUAUAAAGCGAAAAUAGAAGCAAUAGAAAUUAUGGAUGCAAUGAGAAGAUCUCUGGGUAUAUCGAGGACAGAUCGGAUUAGAAACAAAAUAAUUAAACUAGAAAUGAGAAUUGAAGGAGACGUAAUGAAAGAUGUCGAGAGGAAACAAUUAACAUGGUUUAGUCAUGUACGGCGUAUGCCGGAGACAAGAUUACCAAGACGCGUUUUAGAAUGGCAUCAGCCAAUGGGACGACGGAAAAGAGGGAGACCACGAUUGAA